UCGUCCUCACUUGCUUUCCCUCCCUAUUGCCAUCGAUUACAGUAGCAGAAGCUUCCAGCUUGUAUCUUUUGAAAAAUAGAUCCACUGGGGGAGCCACCCCACCACAUUCCGGCCGUGACAGAUUUUCCUUCCCUCCCACCGAUUUGGUUCUGAUCAUCAUAUCUCCGACCACUGCUAUCCACGUCCUUUCUCCGGUCAGAUUGUCUUGCCGGAAAAGGAAAUGGAAUGGCUUCGGAAUUGGGUUUGCAAAAAGGGGCCGUCAGGAUUUGGUGCUUGUUCUACUGCGGAGCAAGUUACAGAGGGAAUCGAUGCUUUCAACAUCACCGCCAUUGUCACAGGGGCUACCAGUGGGAUCGGCAUGGAGACUGCGAGAGUUCUUGCACUGAGGGGAGCGACUGUGAUCAUCCCUGCAAGGAGCAAGGAGAGUGGGGAGAAGGUGAAGGAGAAGAUUGUGGAGCAAGUGGCGGAUGCCAAGAUCGAAGUGAUGGAGCUGGACCUCAGCUCCCUCGCCUCCGUCAGAUCAUUCGCCGCUGCUUUCCUCUCCUCAAACAAACCCCUCAACCUUCUCAUAAACAAUGCAGGCAUUUUUGGAUGUCCCUUCCAGCUUUCUGAAGAUGGUAUAGAGCUACAAUUUGCCACAAAUCACAUCGGUCAUUUCUUGUUGACAAAUCUUCUGCUGGACAAGAUGAAAGCCACUGGUCGAGAGAGCGGAACAGAAGGAAGAAUUGUGAUUGUGGCACCGCAUACCCAUAGCACAACAUACAAAUCUGGCAUUCGAUUCGAAAAUAUCAAUAAUCCUUCAGGGUACGGGCGAUUUAAAGCUUACGGGCAGUUCAAGCUCGCUAACAUUCUUCAUGCAAAAGAACUUGCUCGACGCCUACAGGGUGAAUGAUCAAAGGUGACGGCCAACUCUCUGCAUCCAGGAAAUAUUCCGACAAACAUAAUUCGGUACUGCAUCAAAAAAUUAGCUCCUCUCGCAGCCGACGUCGCUGAUUAUGUUCUCUGUCCCUUCUUGAAGAAUGCCCAACAGUGUGAAUAAAUUUCAGGGGGCAGCAACGACCUGUUAUCUGGCUCUCCACCCAUCAGUGAUUGCAACGAGAACCAGCCAACAGCUUUUGGCAGGGACGCCGAUCUAGCAAAGAGGCUUUGGGAGUUCAGUGAAGAAAUGAUAAGCACAAAGCUUCCACAGCAACAGUUUCCAAUCCCACAAUCACCUGA